GUGAUUUACAUUACAACUAUUACAAAAUUGCUCAGGACCCAUUUUGGUGCGUCGAUGUCGAAGAAAUAUCAGGAUAUAUAUUUGUCAACAUCUGAUAAGCCCAACCGUAUAUGGAAAGUACAUAUGUGGGAAAAGUACUGAACAUAUUAAUUUCAUUGUCGAACUCACGAAAAAUUGAUCGUUUAAUGAGUGUAUCGAUGACGAACUGCAGCUGGAGGAUAUUGCGUCACGUAUUUGAAGGCUGAGCAACGGUAAAUGACUCACAAAAGAUGGUACAAGUUGUAGUGUUUUUAACAAAAACAUUAUAAGAAGCAGUGUGGGGAUGUCAAGAAUAUUUUAUACAACUAUGCUGUGACGAAUCAGAGGGGCCAACGGAAUUUUACACAAAGCCAUUCAGAAGACAGAAAGAUGUUAUACUUGAUGAGGUUUUCUCAUUUGUGCUCCCAAAUAGAUAUGCAGUAUGUGACCAAGAUUUAUCUGAUCCAAUAAAAAUCAAGAUUAGAGUUUACCAGGGUAACAAAAAGUUUUAUUGCGAUUUCGUUGAUGCUUCUUACUACAAAUUAAGAAAAACUUACUCGAUGACGAUUAAAUUUGUAAAUGACCAGGAUGUAAUCAAACUUGACAUCGACAUUCAAAAAAUACCAGUGACAAAUCCGGACUUUCGAUUUUCUUUUAAUCUUUGCGAGAGUGAAACCGAAACUUUGAGAAGAAGGAAGAAGAAUAUCUUUGAGAGCAUGCAACAUUUACUUCCUGUGCAUGGGAGGCCGAAAACUAUUGACCAGGUGCCUACAAUAUCAAUAGCAUGUUCUGGAGGAGGUUAUCGCUCAACCAUACAAUUUUGCGGCGUAUUGGAGGCGUUAAUGGAGACAGGAGUUUUUGAUAUGAUAUCUUAUAUGAGUGGCCUUUCUGGUGGUGCCUGGUACGUUUUACCUGCAUAUGCAAAAGAAGUUCUGAACAGCAUAGAAGAUCUCAAAGAUUUUCAUUCCGAACUAAAAGCUUCAGUGAAAUCAAGCAUGGUUGUUGACACACUAGUUGAUUUUUCUCAUUUUCUAAAAUAUAGAAAGUUUGCGCAAAUGAAGGAGUCAGAAGGGCAACCAGUUACAUUUGCUGAUUUUUAUAGUUUCACUCUCGGAAAAUCAUUUUUAGGAUACGAGAAAAUGGGUAUGAAACUUUCAGAUUUGAGAGAUUAUGUCGGAAGUGGAGAAGUUCCUAUACCAAUUGUUUCAGCGCUUCAUGUUCGUGCGAAAGAAUCGUCUGCACAAUUUCAUGCCAAUCUUGAAAUUACACCAUGGGAAGUCUCUAUGCCGAAUUAUGCAAUGAAUCUGAGUACAGAAACCUUUGGAUCCGAAUGGUACAAAGGAAGCAUGGUUAGACCGUGUCCAGAAUUACCUAUACAUUUUUUUAUCGGAAUGUCAUCAAGUGCUUUUGGAAUUUUAUUAAAAUAUUAUCUUGGUGGAGAAACUACAGAAACAGAUUCAUCAUUUAUAGAAGAUAUCAGAAGCCACGAAUUUGGAAGACACAAUACAAAAAUAUUUCGAUUGAGUUCGAAAGAAAAAUAUAUAGCUCGGCGCAGGCAGCGAAACAAAAUAUCUUCGUCGUCAGACUGUAACCAGGAUCCUAUACACAAACAAAGGAGAAGAUCAAUUACAAGGAAGAGUAGUGAAUUCUCGCAAUCUAGUGACGAAGAUUUUUAUGAUGCUAGAAUGUCCUUCUCUGAUGGAAUGAGACUGGAAUUGGGAAGAACUUUUUCGAAUACUUCUGAGAUAUACCACACAGCUGACGAAGAUGAUUCCGCUUUCAAAAGAACAUUUUCAACAAGGAUUCAAAACAGAACUCUUCUUCCUGUACCAGAAUCACAACCAGAACGUCGCGAAACGUUGUCGCUAGUAGUUGGCAUAAAAGACGAAAACAAGUCUCAGCCGAAACACCAUGCGUAUUUAAAGAAGAUAAUCAAAAAAAUAAGUCAACAUCCGCUCUUCACAGAUAGGGAAGCUGUGAUUGACCGGACAGCAAAAGUGUUGAACUUCGGUCGAGGACUUUCUAGUAUUCGACACUAUCCACUGAAUCCAGAGUUCAGAGGCUUUUCAAUAAACGAUGCUAACUCAAUGCGUCUUUCAAAAGAUGAUGAUGUCGUAACAUUCAUAGAUCCAGCUGUGAUAUGUAACACUCCUACCAGUUGUUUGUUGAGACCACAAAGAAACACGGAUAUAUUGAUAGUGUGCGAUGCAACAGAAUAUAAAUCGGACACCGAUAUUGAUUAUUUGGAACUGUUUAUUGCUGAAAGAUUAGCAAGGCAACAAGGAAUCAAAUUUCCAAAAAUCAAUCCAACAAAGUUGAAAGAUAACCCACGGGGCGUCAUCCAUGUAUUUGAAGAUGAAGAUGACCCAGAUUGUCCCAUAGUAAUAUGGUUCACCCUUUCCAACAAAGAAUAUAAAUCACUCAAAAAUGUUCGAAAACCUCCAAGAAGAUGGUUGGAUGAAGCAUACAAAGUACCGAUGAAUGAAAAAUUCAACGAAUUUCCUGUUUAUGGACCUAAAUCAUGUUAUACAACAUUAAACACUAGAUAUACUCCACUGCAAUUUGAUAGAUUAAAGGAAAUGAUGAAGCAUAACAUUUCAAGUAAUAUCGAGAUAAUAAAAAAGCAAAUUACAAAAAAAGUGUUGCAAAAGAUGAAAAAAUCCGAAGCAUAAUAUCAAUAUUAUUUACAUGUAUCGUGUGUUUGUAUAUCAUAUUUGCGCAUAUUUUACAUAUAAUGCAAGUUUGUGAUGCAUUUAUUUUAUUCGACGGGCUUAAACAAUUGUCAUUCCUUCAAAUUUGGGAUUGUUAAAAUAAUUUAGUCAUACCACUACAUGGCCGGCCAGUUUGAAGUCCAAAAUUAAAAGAGUCUCGGAUAAAUCACUAAAAUUUAACAAAAAGCAAUACACUCGAAGGCGGCCAUCCUUUUUCCCAUAUUAAACAACCACCACAUUCACGUCCGAGUGUACGAUAAUAAAUAAAUAUAUAUAUAUAAAUGUGAGCGUGCAAAAGAAAAUGAAUUAAUCUAUGAAUUUUAUCUACUACCGCAUUUCCCCAUGAAUAGAGCCUUACGUGAUGAAUUUUUUUAUUUUAUGUCGCAAAUCGCAGUAUUGACUGUGAUUAGUCACAUUUUUGUAUUUUAUACUGUAGUUUAAUUUUCCCCUCGAUUGACAUUUUGCUUUUUACUACUGUCUUGUAAUAUUAUCAAUAUUACGAUAUAUAUACUGUUUCUCGAUUAUUUUUGUCAAUAGAUUAAACGUCUGUUUGUUUCGACAGCUUUGCAUCGGUACACAGGACGAUCCAUAUGUACACUUUUGUCCAAUAAGCGCACGCUCUCUCAAUUGUUUAGUAUCAAAUUAUACAUGUUCUAUUAAUUAUUUUAAUUUUUUUCAUUAUUCAUGUCGUAUGUUUUGUCUGUAUGCAUUUUACUGGAAAAUUAAACUGAACUUCGAAUUUUCACAUUCUCAAUCCACUUAUUGACGUUACCAUAUUUGAAAGUUAUAAAACUGGCAGCGUCGAUAUUUUUAGAGUGGGGAAACAAACAAUUAUUUCGUUCUGCUAUUGUCUCACAACUAAGAAAACCGAAAACUUGGGUGUUCGGCUACUGUUAUUAAUGAUAAUCGUUCAAUUGUUUGUAUUAAAAUGCAUUUUUUAUUUUGUUUAUGUAACUGAAAUCAUCAUUCAUAGCAGUCAUUCUCAUAAUCACUGUUUUAUAGUUUAUUGCUAGUGUCACUUGACUAUGCAAACUUUAGUCCAAACAAAUGUGGCAUUGAGGGAUGCCCUGAAAAUACAAUUAUCUGAUAAAGA